UGUGUUUUGACGUUUUAUAAAGAGAUCUGUAAGGACACGAAACCUACUAACACGUUUAUUAAGCAGACAUUUAAUGACUACGUUCAUAUUCUUCCCCUUUGGUGGGCUGCAAGACUCACGGGACAUCCUUAUCGCAGAUGUCACCGCUAUUAUACACCCACGACUCCAUAACCUAACCUGUAUUGUUAACAAGAAGGCUGCUAUUGGAACAGACGAAAUCAAGCUUGAUGCCCCCCCUCUCGGCCCCCGGAAUAACAUGCUGGAUGUGGGCCGGGGAGGGCGGGGGAUGCGGGAGGACAAAGAGGAGUGCGCCUGUGCGGUGCGGGACUUUCCCGCAGAAACCCGCCGUCGCGAGAUCAGUACAGUACAGACGCGCGGUGUGGCAGUGGGCAGAGCGCGGCGCCUCUUUCUCCCUUUGCCUUCCAUUGCUGACGUCCUUGCCCUUCCCGGCUUUGUCAUGUGCAAAAAUGUGGUGCAGCGGUGACCCCUCGGCCGCACACCUUCUGGGCGUCCUGCUCCUGUUGGUGGCCGCGCUAGGCGGCGGCGUGGCGGGGAAGGAGGACUAUGGGAGAGACGCUGACGCAGAGGACGCGGCGCCGGCGGGAGGCAGCGGCGGCGGGGCGGCGGGCACCAUGUGGAUCAGCAACAAGAAGGAGGUGAAGAGGAUCCUGCGGCCGCCCAACGAUAUCCAGUGCCAGUGUGAGGAGGGCGUGCUGGCCUGCCGCGACCUGGAGGGGGAGUGUGCCUGCGUGGGCGAGGCGCUGCUGUGCGACGGCCGGUACGACUGUCCGCAGGGCGAGGACGAGCACCAUUGUAACUCGGGGGAGGCCUGCCCUAGGGGCUUCUUGUGCCCCAAGACCAACAAGUGCAUUGACAAGUCACUGGUGUGUGACUCUAUUGACGACUGUGGCGACAAGAGUGACGAGAGGUUUUGCAAUCUCCCUAAAAUCAAUGCCAACUGCUCCAAGGAUGACCAGUUCACAUGUGCUGACGGGAAGUACUGCAUCUCCAAGGUGUGGCUGUGUGAUGGUGAUGCUGACUGCCAGGACAAAUCAGAUGAGACCAACUGCUCCAGUUCAUGCCAGCCCAACCUGCACAGCUGUGGCGACGGUCACUGCAUCUCAAGUAACUGGGUAUGUGAUGGAGACCCGGACUGUGCUGAUGAGUCAGAUGAGCUGGACUGCAACAAGCUCACCGAGACCAGCUGUGGGCCGGAGCAGGUGGCAUGUGCGGUGGAGGGCCGGUGUUUGAUGCAGCACUACGCCUGCGACGGGGAGAACGACUGUGGCGACUGGUCAGACGAACAGAACUGUGGCAAUGAAACCUGCUUGGGCAAUGACUUCAAAUGUGAGUCAGGGCGCUGCAUUGAGAGGAAGUGGGUGUGUGACGGGGCCGUGGACUGCCUGCCUGAUGGGGAGGAUGAGGCCAACUGCUCCCUGCCCUUGUUGGAAUCAGGAACUGCACAGCCGAGUGAGUGCCACCCCGAGGACUCCCGGCUCUGCUCAGACCGCUGCAUCCCCAAGGAGUGGUGGUGUGAUGGGGUGAAGGACUGCAGUGAUGGCUCGGACGAGGAGAGCUGUAACUUCACCUGUCCCCCGGAACACUUCACUUGCUCCCCCACCGCUUGCAUCCCCCUCCAGCGCCGCUGUGACGGCCACCACGACUGCCUCUUUGGGGACGAUGAGAAGGACUGCCCCCAGGACUCCGAGUGCCCUGGCCUGCAGUGUGGCAGCAACAUCUGCAACCCAGCCAAGCACCUCUGCCUCUGUCCUCCCGGCCACACCCUCGCCGCAGACAACACCACGUGCGAGGACGUGGACGAGUGUUCGGUGUUCAGGCCGUGCUCGCAGGCGUGUGAGAACUUGCCGGGGAGCUUCAACUGUUCCUGCAUCGCCGGGUACUUCAUGCUGCGGCCCGACCACCUCACCUGCAAGGCCUCCCAGCCCCCCGCCUACCUUAUCUUCUCCAACCGAGCUGAGAUUAGACUGAUCAGCCUGAACCGUUCCAACUACUCCAGCAUCGCCCAGGGGCUGCAAAACGCCAUCUCCAUCGACUACCACUAUGAACGCCGCCUCAUCUACUGGUCCGAUGUCACCCUGGACGUCAUCAUGAGGGCUUAUAUGAAUGGCACGGGGGAAAAAGCCAUCGUGCGGUGGGGCCUACGCAUGCCCAGCGGGGUCUCGGUGGACUGGAUCAACGACCACGUGUAUUGGCUCGACGGCAUCACCAUGAGGAUCGAAGUCGCUAAUCUGGACGGGUCCUCCCGCCGGCCGCUCAUCUGGACCAACCUGCAGAAGCCCCGCGGCCUGCUGGUGCACCCCCACAAGAAUCUCCUCAUCUGGACCGACUGGGGCUCCAACCCACGGAUAGAACGAGCCUUCCUGGAUGGGUCGGGGCGGCAGGUGGUGAUCGGCGAGGGUCUGCACUGGCCCAACGGCAUCACCAUCGACUACCCGACGGAGACGCUGUACUGGGUGGACGCCAAGGAGCAUGUGAUUGAGGCGGUGCACACUGACGGCAGCAACAGGAGAAUGAUCCUGGAGGGGCUGCGUCACCCCUUCGCCAUUACCAUCUUCGAGGACACACUCUACUGGACAGACUGGAUCACGCGCUCCAUCGAGAAGGUGGACAAGAGGAACGGCCAGGGCCAUUCCACGCUGCAGGGCCGCCUCUCCUUCCCCAUGGACAUACGCAGCCUGCACCCAACCCGCCAGCCCGGUAUCCUGCAGUCCGAGAGGCACGGCUGCAGCUUGAGGAAUGGCGACUGCUCCCACCUGUGCCUCUCCUCCAGGGACUCCUACUCCUGCUACUGUCCCCACGGCCUCAUUCUCCUCCCAGACCACAGGACCUGCAGUGAGCGACCGGACCGAACGCUAAUCUUUGCCCAGCGGAAGAACCUGCGGAUGAUCUCACUGCAGGACAUCCUGGAGACCAACACCUCCACCUCCUCCCUUUCCUCCUCCACCAAUACCUCUGAUAUGGCCCAGAUGAGGAUAGACACGGUGGUCCCAGUGAACAAUGUACAGGCACCUGUGGCUCUAGAUCCCUACACUGAGGAGGACAUGAUCUUCUGGACGGACAUCAAGGCCAAGACCAUCAGCCGGGCACACCUCAACGGCUCCCGCCACAUCACCGUCGUGCGGGAUGGCCUGGAGAUGCCGGCCGGUGUGGCGGUGGACUGGGUGGGCCACAAGCUGUACUGGACGGACGGCGGCACCAGUCGUAUUGAGGUGGCCAAUCUUGAAGGGUCCAUGCGCUGCCUCCUCAUCUGGCGCAGCCUGGACAAACCUCGGGACAUUGUGGUGGACCCAAGAGCUCGCCUCAUGUUCUGGACCGACUGGGGGAAGCGCGCCAAGAUAGAACGCGCUGGCAUGGAUGGGGAGGCGCGGCGAGUCUUGGUGGACACAAACCUGAAGUGGCCCAACGGACUGGCCAUCGAUCACGCCCGGCAGCUCCUGUACUGGCUGGACGCAUCUACCAAGUCUAUUGAGAUGGCGGCCCUGGAUGGCAGCCAGAGGAAGGCGCUCAUAUCGGGGGAGCUGGAACACCCCUUCGGCCUGGCACUGUGGAGGGACUUGGUCUUCUGGACGGACUGGAACGCCAAGAGCAUGUACAUGGCAGACAAGAGGACCGGCGCCAACAGACAGACCAUUGUGAAGGGCCUCAAGGACAUGAUGGAGGUGAAAGUGUUUGAGCGCUCGCAGCCGUCCAGCCCAAACCCCUGUGCGGAGAUCAACGGCGGCUGCUCCCACCUCUGCCUGCUCAGCCCCUUCGGCCUGGGCCGCCGCUGUGCCUGUCCCACUGGCAUCAAGCUGAAGCCCGACCGCCUCAACUGCUAUGAUGGGCCAGAGAGGGCGCUGCUGUUUGCCAGGCGCGAGGAUGUGCGUCUCGUCUCCCUGGACACCCCUUACCACGUGGACGUCAUCCUGCCGCUCCAGGGACUCCAGCACGCCGUGGCCCUCGAUAUUGAUGCCAUGACAGGGGACAUCUUCCUCUCAGACAGCGCUGCCGCCAUCAUCUUCCGGGUGUCCCACAAAGGCCAUCUGGCAACCCCGGUGGUGACGGCCGCCAUCCUCACCGUGGAGGGCCUAGCCGUGGACGCUACUGGCAGGAAGCUGUACUGGACAGACCUUCACAUGCACUCGGUGGAGGUGAGUGAGCUGGACGGGAGCAACAGGCUGGUGCUCUUCACGGGCCUGAGGCGACCCCGGGCCAUCACCACCCACUACCCCAGCGGCCGUCUCUUCUGGACAGACUGGGAUGAGAAGUACCCGACCAUCGAGGCUGCGGACAUGGAUGGAAACAAUAGAGUGGUGCUGGUGGACACAGAUGUGGUGUGGCCCAACGGACUGACUGUGGACUGGGAGGACCUGGAGCUGUACUGGACAGAUGCGAGCACCAAUGUCAUCGGGGCCAUUGGACUGGACGGCUACAACAGGCGCACCGUCAUCGCAGGGCUCCCGCAUCCCUAUGGCGUGAGCAUUCUGGGGCGCUGGCUCUACUGGACCGACUGGGAGACCAAAUCCCUCAACCGAACCCUCAAGGCGACUGGCCGCUCCACCAGCACCAUCAGGGAGGGGCUGGCGGGCCUCAUGGACGUCAAGGCUCUUCCUGGACCCCCGGUGGUGUACGACGUCUGCGAGGAGAACAACGGCGGCUGCUCCCACCUGUGUCUUCGCCACCCCAGAGGUUACUCCUGCGCUUGUCCCACCGGGCUCAGGAUGGUGGAGGGCAACUCCUCAAUCUGCAUGGAAGAGCCGGACAUCUACUUGAUCUACGCCGCCAAGGGGACUAUAGGGCGCAUCUCCCUUGAUAUCAAGCCGCUGUGGGAGGUUCCUCUGCCCAUACCAGCUGUCACGCGCCCCAUCUCCAUCAACGUCCACUAUGAGCAGAACCUUCUCUUCUACACGGAGGCGAAUCUGCAGGUCAUAAGGGUUGUGUCGCUCAAGAACAUGUCCUACCCCUGGUCGAUCCUCUCACCUGGCUACUCAACACCGAACGGCCUGGCGGUGGACUGGGUGGCCAACAACAUCUACUGGACCGACUCCAUACGCAAGGUGCUGGAGGUGGCGCGACUCGACGGCUCCUCGACCAAAGUGGUCAUCAACAACAACCUCAAAUCACCACGUGCCAUUGCAGUGUUCCCCGGCGAAGGUCUGCUCUUCUGGACUGACUGGGGCAGGCCGUCAAAAAUCGAGCGUUCUUACCUUGACGGCUCGGAUCGGAGGAGCAUCAUAGACCGCAAGAGUGGCUGGCCGAACGGACUCACCAUUGACUACCAGAUGAAGAGGAUUUUCUGGAACGACGCAAAGGUUGAAACCAUCGACUCCUCCGACCUGAAUGGGGAGAACGUUGUGACUCUGAUCCGAGAAGUUCCACAUCCCUUUGGCCUGACAUUGCUCGGUGACCACAUCUACUGGAGCAACUGGGAGAAGACAACCAUUGAGAGGGCCGACAAGACCUCUGGCCAGAACAGGAAGAUGGUGAGGAGCAGAAUUGAGGGCAUCAUGGAGGUGAAGGCCGUGGAAGCCAACUCACAGCCUGGUUGGAACCCCUGUGGUGACCGUAAUGGCGGCUGCACACACCUCUGCUUCUUCCUGCCCUCCGGCCGCCGCUGUGCCUGUCCCGACAUUCUGGACGGCCGCGGGUGUUCAGACCGUCCAAUGUUCAAGGUCAAUCUCACAAGGAAGAGCGGGGGUGUCUGGAGCAAGGGCACGGAACCGCCUGGCAUUCGUCCCUGGGACCAAGACAACGCCCCGGGAAUGGUGCCGCUACUGGGCGUGCUGGUGCUGGUGCUGAUCCUGUCAGUGCUGAGCAUGAUGGCGGUGGUAGCCUGGUGGAAGUUCAAACGCGAGAGCAAGAAUGUGAAUGAGCCCAAGGGAGGUGCCCUCACCUACACCAACCCCACCUACAGCGCCUCAAACUCAGACGUCAACACCGACCGCAAGCCCUUCACCUGGCGGCGCCUCCACAGCGAUAAUGUGCACCAGGUGCGCAUGUUUGAGGAGAAAGGUGAGGUGGCAGCGCUGAUCAGUGAGGGCAGCAGCGUGGAGCACGAGUCCCCGCCCCCCACCCCUCCCACACGCCCGGAGCCAGCCACAUAAUGCCCCUACCCACCACCACCACAGCCCCA